CGUAAGGGGGCAGACUGCAGGUAAAGAUGCACCGGAAAGUAGAGACGAGGAAAUUAGAAACGGAAGUAAGACUGAUAACAACCAAAACUUGAUUGCAGUUAAAACUAAUAACGUUACACUCUAACGUUAUUGUUUUCGAUACAAAUGCUGUAUUAUGGGGGAAGCAUUUCCCUGUGUGUUGUGGAAGUGGUUUGUUUUUGUGCUGAAACUCAGUGGCUAACGUUAGUUUAGCCAUUUGGAGCAGCAAACUUAGCUAACUUUUUCUCAGCUGACUUGCGUGAAUUCAUUUUGACAGCCUCAGUAACUUUAAGCAAACAGUAACAGUCUAAUAUGCCCAGGAAGUGCUAUAUGCUUAUCAAGUUUGCGGGCGCAGCUGGAUUGUCUGCUAGCUGUCGUUGACACGUCCUAGUAGUUUUAUGUGGCGUUGAUAUAGCCCGGUUUGCUCGCAAUGCUUCUGCAGCUGCCCCCACUUGUCAACUAACGUUAGCUGGCUCCGCUCCUCCUGUCUGUUGUUGCCCGAUGGCUCACUGCGGUUCCCCCGAGACGAGCCCAAAGGUACAGGCACCGCGUCCCGAAAGCAUCGAACCGACACAGGGUAGCGUAGACCAAAACAUAAAGCCGGUACUGUUCGAGAUCUUCGGCGAGAUAUGGACGGUUCAAUCACGGCUCGGCCAGGGAGUCUCAGCCUCGGUGUACCGGGUCAGCUCAGGCAGAGCCACCACCACCGCCGCUGUCAAGGAGUUUCAGACCGACACUCAUGGAGGAGAUUACGGGUAUCACAAGGAGAGGUCCGUGCUGGAAGAUAUCCAGGGACAUAAAAACAUUGUGACACUGUACGGGGUGUUCACCAACCACAGCUGUAUGGGUGUUGCCACCCGCUGUCUUCUGCUGGAGCUCUUGGAUGUCAGUGUAUCUGAUCUGUUGGUGAGAGGCAGCAGUGGUACCCAGGUUGGUAGACCCCAGCAGGGCCAUUCCUUGUGGCUUGUCCAGCACUGUGCCAAAGACAUCUUGAUGGCUCUUGCCUUCCUUCACAGGGAAGGCUAUGUCCACGCUGACCUCAAGCCACGCAACAUUCUCUGGAGUGCUGAUGACGAGGGCUUCAAGCUCAUUGACUUCGGCCUCAGUUUCAAAGAGGGAAAUCAGGAUGUCAAGUACAUCCAGACAGACGGGUAUCGUGCUCCAGAGGCUGAGCUUCAGAACAGCCUCGCUCAGGCCGGGGUGGAGGGGGACUCAGGCUGCACAACCGCUGUGGACAUGUGGAGCCUGGGCAUCAUCCUGUUGGAGAUGUUCUCAGGAAUCAAGCUCAAAGACACCGUCCGCUCGAAGGAGUGGAAGGAUAACAGUACUGCCAUUGUAGACCAUAUUUUUGCCAGCAACAGUGUGGUGUGCCCUGCAAUCCCUGUCUAUCACCUCAGAGACCUUAUCAAAAGCAUGCUUCUCAAUGACCCAAAGCAAAGAUGCACUGCUGAAACUGCCCUGCUGAGCCCAUUCUUCAGUAUUCCCUUUGCUCCUCGCAUUGAGGACUUGGUUCUGCUUCCCACGCCUGUCCUGCGUCUGCUUAACCUGAUUGAAGACAGCCAUCUGCACAAUGAAGAAGAGUAUGAAGACAUCCUGGAGGACAUGAAAGAGGAGUGCCAGAAGUAUGGCUCAGUGGUUUCUCUGCUCAUCCCCAAGGAGAAUCCAGGGAAAGGACAGGUUUUUGUAGAGUAUGCCAACUCCAGUGACUCCAAAGAGGCUCAGAGGCUGCUGACGGGCCGCACCUUUGAUGGGAAGUUUGUUGUGGCUACCUUCUACCCUCUCAGUGCCUACAAAAGAGGUUACUUGUACCAGACUGUGCAGUGAAGUCCUACAGCUCAAUUUACACCUCUGCACUGUUUGCAAGAAAAACACAACUCAAUAGGCUACCACAGGGGAGAAGUAAUUUAUCCCUUUGAAAAUAACUACAGCCAACCCAGAGUUAUGAGUGGUUGCCCUGCAGUUUGAGUUCAAAUGAUUCCGUUAUUAAUGAGCGUAGUUAAAAGUUCUGCAUGUCAUUCAUGUGUUUUUUUUUGUUUUUUUUACAGUAAAUCUGUGUUCCAUGCAGAGUGUAAAUUGAACUCAGCUAUGAGAAGUGUACAGCGACACUUUAUUUCUUCUUUCUCCAGUCUGCACUGCUGUUGUCAGUGCACAUCCAUCUAGUUCUUAUAGGUUAAAGGCACCAAUCUCAUUUAUUGACUCUGUGGUCUGGAUACAGCAGUUCCUUCCAUUUCACUCUCAUUCAUUCAUAGAAAUUACCAUAAUAAAAGAAUGUGUAAUUAA